GCUGUCUUGUCCUAGUUAAUAUACAUCACUUUAUAAUAAAAAAAAAUAGUGAAGCAAAAAUUUUCUCUUCAGCCAUCCGCACACAAAAUCUAUAGUGGAACACUUUUUUUUAUAGAUUGCAAAAGAUAUAUGUACAUAGUUUUUUUUUCUUCAAAUUUGUAGGUACCUAAUUUUAUAAAUAAAUAAAAAAUUUGUGCAUCCUGUUUUACUGUGUAUUGUUUUUGGAAAAAAUCGUCAUAUUUGUGUUAAAAUCUUAGUUUUUUUCGUAUGGAUAAAAGCGAAUUAUAAUAUUAAUGCAUUCAAACCUAGUUCCAAAUGAGUUUAAAAAUGCAUACGCCCGAAGGUGGACACGCACAGCAUCAUUCUGUGUCCUACGAUGGUAAAAUAGCUGGGCUUUAUGAUUUGGAGAGAACACUGGGAUCUGGGCACUUUGCCGUGGUUAAACUCGCUCGACAUGUAUUCACGGGAGAAAAGGUCGCCGUCAAAGUGGUUGACAAGACAAAAUUGGAUGAAGUAUCCAAGGCGCAUCUGUUUCAAGAAGUUCGGUGCAUGAAACUUGUACAGCAUCCGAAUGUAGUGAGACUAUAUGAGGUAAUUGACACGCAAACAAAGCUUUAUUUAAUAUUGGAAUUGGGAGAUGGUGGUGAUCUUUACGAUUACAUAAUGAAGCACGAGGGUGGUUUGUCUGAGGAUUUGGCUAGAAAAUAUUUCCGUCAGAUUGUUAGAGCUAUUUCGUAUUGUCAUCAGUUGCAUGUGGUUCAUAGAGAUCUAAAGCCAGCAAAUGUUGUAUUUUUUGAAAAAGCGGGUGUUGUAAAACUUACUGAUUUUGGAUUUAGUAAUAAAUUCUUGCCGGGACAGAAGCUGGAAACAUCGUGCGGUAGUUUGGCAUAUUCUGCACCAGAAAUUCUCUUGGGGGAUUCUUAUGAUGCCCAAGCUGUUGAUAUCUGGUCAUUGGGUGUUAUUUUAUAUAUGUUGGUUUGUGGGCAACCACCUUUUGAAAAAGCAAAUGAUUCAGAAACCCUCACAAUGAUUAUGGACUGCAAAUAUUCUAUGCCAAGCCAUGUCACUGUCACAUGCAGACGACUUAUAGCAUCAAUGUUAGUUCGAGAUCCAGAAAAGCGAGCAACAUUGGAACAAAUUGCACAAGAUGUUUGGUUAAAGCAAAAUUCUACUGGAGCAGAGCCUUUGUUGGAUCACCUGCCUUUAGUUAGUCGCGAACAAGUCAGUGAAGACGAUCAUGCUUUUAUUAUACAAAAGAUGAUAAAUGGCAAUAUAGCCACUAAAGAAGACAUAAUGCAGUCUCUUGAUAGGAACAAAUAUAAUCAUAUUACAGCAACGUAUUUUUUACUUGCUGAAAGGAGGCUUAGACAAAAGCGGCAGGAACAAGUUCAGAAGCACCGCCCACUUUUAUUUCCGUCGAGCCCUGGAAGACUUUCAUCAGCAAAUCGCAAUAUUCCCGAAGAUAAUAAAUUAAAAACUGACCAAAACAAUAAGCUCUUGGUCCCUGUUAGCAUUGAAGUAUGUGAUUCGAUCGAAUUUACCACAGAAGCAGUAACGGAAAAAAGGAACCGAAAAUGUAGCAUUGUUAAGGAAGAAGACGAAGAAGAAGCUUGUGAAUGCCCAGACAAAUUUGAACUGAAGGUUUCAACAGGCAAUCGUCGGGCUUCAAUAUCUGACGGAAGAAUAAACCGAGCUUCGCAAGAACGCAGUAGCGGCGUAGAUUCGCAAUAUAUGUCCAAACUAGUUAUUAAACCAAUAGCUUCAAAUGAAAGCUCAAAAAAUACUUACAGAGUAGAAAAGUGGGAUAGCUUACGUUUAGAUCAACAAAGUACCAAUAUAGAUGCUAAUAAAAAGUCACAAGAUCCCAACAUGCCAAAGAAAUCUCCAGGAAAAAGUGAUAUUUUAAAACAGUCGAAAGUCCAUCAAUCAAAUCCCCCCAUAAGCGAGCGACAGGAGGCUGGAGGAAUUGUUGAACGAGACUUGCCAGAGCUGCAGCAUGAUGACCUUUCCGGUAUUAAAGAUUUAGAAAUUAGUAAAAUGAGAAAUAAAAAUCCAGUACUUAUGCAUAGGCGGACAAAACUAAACAAAAUGAGGACACCUUCUUGUAGUAGUUCAGAGGCAUCCGACGACGAGACAAAAUCUAAGAAAAAGAAAGUUCACAAAAUUGGGGGAGAUACACCCAAUCGAUUCAGAGUAAAUCGACGUGACUCUUAUGAUGACUCAAGUGACUCACAGGAUCAAGCUAACUUCGGAUCGGGUCAGACCAACACAAAUAUUGUGUUGAGCAAUUCCAAAGAUGAAAAGUCAACUUCUAGCAAAAAAGAAGAACAAUCAAAGACAGGUGAACCUACAAAUUCUCACUCCAAACAAAAGAAAGGCUGUUCUUUAAUGGAGAAUUGCUUGCCAAAAGUAGGUGGAAGGAGACGACUACGCGAAAGUCAGUCACUUGAUAGAAUAACAGAAUCUCAAGAGUACGAACAUCGCCACCACCGUUACAACAAUGUAACUUGUAACAAUUUAAAUAAUGAAGGUUCAGCUGUAGUCACACAAUUUCAGAACAUGUCAAUAAAUUAUAAUUCGGUCCCAGAACAAACAUGGUCGAUUGAAAAAAUGAUUUCCUCCAGUGAAGAUAAGAUAAGCCAAGAACAACCAAAUUCUGGUGCCCUUCAGAACAUGUGUGAUAUGAAUUCCAUUGAAGAAAUAGACUUAUAUAUCGGAAUGAAUGUGACAAAAGCAAUUCAAACCACAGGCUCAAAGUACUCUGUUACCAUGAAAAAAAUAAGGAGGCUUGGAAAGUACUUUCCAGUUAUUAAUUUAUCUUAAUUAUAAUAUUACGCUAAAAAAUUAAGUUAACUAAUUUUGUAAUUGUUUGUGUAGUUUAAUCAUGUUCUCAUAUAUAACAUUUAUUCUCAUUUGUAGUGUAAUUAAUUCGCCAAAGGCUUAUUUUAGUAAUAAUAAGAAUUUAUUUCAAUUCAAAAUUUAGUUUAAUUUCAUCUUAUUGUUUUUUUUGUGAUCUUUUAUAUUGUAAAAAAAAAAUAUUUAUAACCAAUCAUGACAACUUUUCUCGUAUCGAAUUAAAUUCGCAUUCCAUACCAAUAUUCAACAUCUGCAAAUUAAAAAAAAAAAUCAAAAUCAAUUACAAAAAGAACGUCAAAACGCUCUUGUAAAUUUAAUUUGCAAUUCAUUGUUAACGUAUACAUUACUCGUACAUACUCGGAAUCUCUAUUCACCACGCAAAACCGACAAAGUUCAAAAACUUCAUACUUUUGAAUAAAGGUCAUCGUCGUGCGAAACUGUACGAAUAAACGGAUUGUCCAUUUUUCUUUCACAUAUGCUUUCUUUAUUGAAGGUCAUCCACUACUGCAGAAAUUGUUUGGAAGUAUGUCAACUCUGACUCCAAUUUUGGUGUAAUCGCAAUAAAAAUAAAUUUUUGUUUUAAUACAAAGUAAGAA